AAACAACACAGACCACUACAAACAUGAUGAAGCUGGUGGUGUUGUCUUGCCUGUUAGCCGCCGCGUCUGCGGGCCUCAUCGCUCCCCUCGCCUAUCCCGCGGCCCUCGCCUACAGCGCGCCCCUCGCCGUACCCUACAACUACCGCGGCCCGUUGUCCCUGGGGCCAGGACAGCCCGCCAACAUCCUCGCCGCUGACGGCAGGCCACUCGACACCCUCGACGUCAACCUUGACCGCGCCGCUCACUACACCGCCAAGGCACUUGACAACGGAUUCCACCUGCUGAAGAAGCGCUCCGUGAUCACUCCAGUGAUCGCAGCCCCGCUGGCCCACGUCGCGACCCCGCUGAUUGCGCCUGCAGUGCGUGUCGCGUACACCGCACCUUACGCCACCUCCUACGUCGCGCCUGUCGCCUACGCCCGCACCGCCACACACGUCACUCACGUCCUGUAAACUACGAAAUAUAACAUAUAGUUCAAAAGGAAAUAAAAUAAA